AUGGCGAAGCAUCAUCCAGAUCUUAUAUUUUGUAGAAAACAACCGGGAGUUGCUAUUGGCAGACUUUGUGAGAAAUGUGAUGGAAAAUGUGUCAUCUGUGACUCUUAUGUUCGGCCAUGCACACUGGUUAGAAUAUGUGAUGAGUGCAACUAUGGCUCUUAUCAAGGCCGCUGUGUCAUUUGUGGAGGUCCUGGUGUCUCAGAUGCUUAUUACUGCAAAGAAUGUACCAUCAUGGAGAAAGAUAGGGAUGGGUGUCCAAAAAUUGUCAACCUUGGCAGUGCAAAGACAGACUUGUUUUAUGAAAGGAAGAAAUAUGGUUUCAAGAAGAGAUAA